ACAAACCGGAAGAAGAGCUAACCUUGACAAGCGAGCAACACUCGUGUGCAGUUGGUUUACGGGGAAAAGGCAAUUUAAUAAAUAGCACCCAGCGGGGUUAUCCAAGAGUUGCUAGUCUUUCUUUCACUGAUAGUAAUCGGAACACAACACACCUUUUGUUCGUGUGAAUAGCUGUAAGUGAAUGUCUAGCACUUUUCAGAACAUUACUGCCUGCCGGAUGUCUUCACGAGGGCAUCGCCUGCCAUUGAAAGAUGAAGACCUCUCUCCUGUUUGUCAGCACAGGCUGUAAGGCUGUUCGCACCCUGACAAAAAGCCCGGUUUUCUCACCUGUCACAGCUCUAUCUAGACAUCAGAGGAUUGCUGUGUGGAGAUCCUCGAGCACACGUUCCUGCGAAGACGACAAGAGUUACUACGUUACUACUCCCAUCUUCUAUGUAAACGCUUCUCCUCAUUUAGGACACCUGUAUUCGGCUGUCAUUGCUGACUGCGUACACAGGUAUAAGCUUCUACAGGGCUUCAACUCAAAGUUUGCAACAGGCACAGAUGAACACGGCUUGAAAAUCCAACAAGCUGCCGAAGCGUCUGGAAAAAAUCCCUUGACCUUCUGCACAGAUGUUUCGGAGAGAUACAAACAUCUCUUCGACAGCUGCGACAUAUCGUAUACAGACUACAUAAGAACCACUGAGCAAAGACACAGAGCGGCCGUGACGCAUUUCUGGUCAGUGCUCGCUGACAAAGGGCUCAUCUAUAAGGGGAGUUAUGAAGGCUGGUACUCCACCCAAGAUGAAAGUUUCCUCACGGAGUCUCAGGUGGCCGACGCUUUGGACUCAUCGGGGAGAGAGAUCAAAGUAUCACUGGAGAGUGGCCACAAGGUGGAGUGGAUGACGGAGGAGAACUACAUGUUCCGUCUGUCUGCGUUUCGGUCUCAGCUGCUCCAGUGGCUCAGAGGAAAUCCCCGAGCCAUUCAGCCGGAGCGUUUCCACUAUGCCGUCCUGCAGUGGCUGCAGGAGGACCUUCCUGACCUCUCGGUCUCCCGCCAGAGGAGCCGACUGCAGUGGGGCGUCCCGGUACCGGCCGACGCUGAACAAACCAUCUACGUGUGGUUAGAUGCACUGGUGAACUACCUCACGGUAGCUGGCUAUCCCGAUGAUCACAACAAAUGGUGGAACACGGCGCACCACAUUGUUGGAAAGGACAUCUUAAAGUUUCACGCCAUCUACUGGCCGGCGUUUCUUCUAGGAGCGGGACUGCCGCUGCCGCGGACCAUAUACGUGCACUCCCACUGGACGGUCGGGGGGAAGAAGAUGUCCAAAAGCUUGGGUAACGUGGUGGAUCCUCUUGAACGCUCCCAGACGUUCACAACUGAUGGCAUGAGGUACUUUCUUCUCCGGCAAGGAGUCCCGGACUCGGACUGCGAUUACACGGACGACAAAGUAAUCAAGCUACUCAACGCCGAGCUCGCCGACUCUCUGGGCGGCCUGCUGAACCGCUGCACGGCUCCGGCUCUCAACCCGGCGCAGGUGUACCCUUCUUUCUGCCCUCGGUGCUUCCCGAGCGAAGGGGGUGGCAGGGCCGCGGUUGAGGACCACCACAUGUUGGAGGCUGUGAGCAGCCUCCAGGCGGCGGUGGAGCAGCACUACGAGAGCAUGAACGUGUACAAAGCUCUGGAGGCCGUCGCCGCCUGUGUGAGGAAGACCAACGGGUUUGUGCAGCGCCACGCACCUUGGAAGCUGGACGGGAGGGACGGCGAGGACCAGCGAUGGCUGGACACCAUCAUUCACGUGUCCCUCGAGUGCCUGAGGAUUUACGGCACGCUCCUCCAGCCAAUAGUGCCGCAGAUUUCAAACAAGCUGCUGUCCAGACUCGGGGUGAGGCCAGAUGAGAGGAGAUGGGCGGACGUGAACUUCCUGCCGAGGUAUCGGGGAAUGGACUGUCCCUUCGAAGGCAGGGCGCUCGGGCCGGACUGCGGAGUGCUUUUUAGUCGUCUGGAAAGUCUGAAUUUAGAUAAACGAAAAACGAAGACAACGAAGACGCGAAACUCUAAAUGAUUUCUUGUAAAAGAUGUUCACCUACAUUAGACACAUUGGUAUCACAACUGUUUAAAUACCAAUGGGGACUUUUUUCAGGUCCCAGUAGGAAAAACAAAGAUGAAUGAUGGCUGUAGCUGCUUUGGUUUUAAGGCAAUGAUUUGGUCCACGCUGGCUUACUGGGACACUUGAAAUAACAGCAAUGGAUGUUGUUAAUAAACUUGUGCUUCUCUGACGUUGUCAAGUUGAAAUGUCUGUACUGAAAAAAGAGGUAUACCACUUAAGUUGCAGAGUUAUGUCAGUGAUGCUAAACAGACACAAAAUGUAAAAGCUUUAAGCUCACACGGACCGACUUUACAGCUCAAGUUACCUUGUUUAAGAACAUCUGGAAUAAAUCAUCCACUGCUAUG